CAGGAGGAACCCUGAGGAUCCACGCCGACAGCCUGAAGCCCAACAUCCCCUACAAGACCAUCCUGCUGUCGCUGAGGGACACGGCCGACCUGGCGGUGGUGGAGGCGCUGGAGAAGUACGGCCUGGAGAAGGAGAACCCCCGAGAGUUCUGCAUUGCUCGGCAGGAGGAGAAGAGCGGGAAGGAGGUGAUUCUGGACGACAGCGAGUGUCCUCUGCAGAUCUUCAAAGACUGGCCUGCAGACCGAGGGGCGCUGGUGUUCCAGCUGAAGAAGAAACCUCCUGACUACCAGAGCAGGAAGGGCCGGAAGAUGGAGAACCUGGGUCUGCGGGGGAAGGAGGGUCUGCUGCCGCCGGAAAAACUGCCUUAUUUGGUGGAACUGAGUCCAGGCCGGGGGAAUCACUAUGCCUACUACUCCUACCGGCACCCAGAAGAUGGGUCGGACUCUCGGGACAAACCAAAGAUGUACCGCCUCCAGCAGAGCAUCACGGAGGUGGGCUCUGACUGCACGGAUGAUGGAGCCAUCCAGCUCCUGGGCCCAGGAAUCCUCCCCCACCACUGCAACCUGAUGCACAGCGAGGGCAUGGUGACGGUGACACCGCACGGCCCCGACGCAGACACCUUCGUAGACGGGCAGCGCAUCACCGAGACCACGGUGCUGCACUCUGGCUCCACCCUGCUGUUCGGCUCCGCUCACGUCUUCAAGUUUGUGGACCCCCUGUUUGACCAGGGGGGGAAGCGAGAUCAGCCCGCCGCCAUGAGGGGCAGACACAAGUCCGGCAGCGUUCCAGAAACCACCUUCGACCUUCACGGAGACGUCCACAGUGGAGCGGCGCUGCCGACCAGCAAGAGUUCAGGAAAGCUGGAGAUGGAGAGAGGCAUGGUGAAGCCCAUGAUCCGAGGAGAGCAGCAGGACAGCAGGUCCCAGGACGCGUUGGCAGAACGGACGGAGCUGUCUCUUCCAGCCAGCAUCGAGUUCAGAGAAAACUCUGAAGACACCUUCCUGUCCGCCAUCAUCAACUACACCAACAGCUCCACGGUCCACUUCAAGCUCUCGCCCACCUACGUGCUGUACAUGGCGUGCCGCUUUGUGCUGUCACCGGCGUACCGGCCCGACAUGUCGCCGUCGGAGAGGACGCACAAAGUCAUCGCCAUCGUCAACAAGAUGGUGAGCAUGAUGGAAGGAGUCAUCCAGGACAUGCGUGAAGAGGAUCAGAAGCAGAAGAACAUCGCCGGAGCACUGGCGUUCUGGAUGGCCAACGCCUCCGAGCUGCUGAACUUCAUCAAACAGGACCGAGACCUGAGCCGCAUCACUCUGGACGCCCAGGACAUCCUGGCCCACCUCGUCCAGAUGGCCUUCAAGUACCUGGUCCACUGCCUGCAGGCGGAUCUGAACAACUACAUGCCGGCGUUCCUGGAUGACCCCGAGGAGCACAACCCUCAGAGUCCCAAGAUAGAGGACGUCCUGCACACGCUGUCGGGCGCCAUGUCCUUGCUGCGGCGCUGCCGGGUCAACGCGGCGCUGACCAUCCAGCUCUUCUCUCAGCUCUUCCACUUCAUCAACAUGUGGCUGUUCAACAAGCUGGUGACGGACGCAGACUCGGGGCUGUGCUGUCACUACUGGGGGGCCAUCCUACGGCAGCAGCUCAGCCACAUCGAGGCGUGGGCGGAGAAGCAGGGCCUGGAGCUCGCCGCCGACUGCCACCUCAGUCGGAUUGUACAGGCCACCACCCUGCUGACCAUGAACAAGUACUCCAAGGAGGAUGUGCAGCACAUCCACAGCACCUGCUUCAAGCUGAACUCGCUGCAGCUUCAUGCCUUACUGACCAACUACCACUGUGCUCAGGGGGAGCCCUACAUCCCUCCUGAACUGAUCAACGAGGUGGUGUCGGUGGCAGAAAACACCGCCGACGAGCUGGCGAGGAGCGACGGCAGGGAGGUGCAGCUGGAGGAGGACCCCGACCUGCAGCUGCCCUUCCUCCUCCCCGAGGACGGCUACUCCUGCGACGUGGUGCGCAACCUGCCCAACGGCCUGCAGGACUUCCUGGAGCCUCUGCUGCAGAGAGAUUUCUGCCGGCUGGUUCCUCACCCGCGCUCUCCUGGCACGUGGACCGUCCACUUUGAAGGAACCGACUGCGACAACCACUUCUCUGCUACGGAGACCGCUGACAUGCCAAUGAGGAAAGAACCGGAGGUUGUCACGGUGACGCUGAAGAAGCACAACGGCAUGGGCCUGAGCAUCGUGGCCGCCAAGGGCGCCGGGCAGGAGAAGCUAGGAAUCUACAUCAAGUCAGUGGUGAAAGGAGGAGCUGCCGAUAACGAUGGACGUCUGGCUGCAGGUGACCAGCUGCUGAGUGUGGACGGCCGCAGCCUAGUGGGUCUGUCGCAGGAGAGAGCGGCAGAGCUGAUGACGAGGACAGGUGCAGUCGUGACUCUGGAAGUCGCCAAGCAGGGCGCCAUUUACCACGGCCUGGCGACGCUCCUCAACCAGCCGAGCCCGAUGAUGCAGAGAGCCGCAGACCGAGGCCGCGAGAAGAACGGCAAAAUGCGACCAAAGAGCGAAGGCUUCGAGCUCUACUCCAACUCCGUGCAGAACGGAUCUCCGGAGAGCCCGCAGCCCGGCUGGGACUCCUACCCCGAACCAAAGAAGAUGGGGGAGGACAGACUCCUGAAGAACCGGGUCGACCACCGCUCCAGCCCCAACGUGGCCAAUCAUGUUUUCUGCUCCUCAGACCAGGGCCAGAGUCCUGCCAGCAAGUCCAUGUACCCCGGAGGCCCCGGCACCAAGAUCACCUCCGUCUCCACGGGGAACCUGUGUGCCGACGACGAGCCCUCCCCUCCUCACCCAGAGGCCUACCCCAUCCCCACACAGACCUACCCCCGGGAGUACUUCACUGUGCCGGCCUCCAAGAGCCAGGAUCGCGUGGUGGGUCAGGGGCCCCCCCAGCACUGGCAGGGCAUGGAGGACAGAGAGCGCGUCCCCAUGAUGGAUAGCAUGCAGAGAGUCAACCACUCCCAGGAGGAUCUGUACCCGCCCCCAGGGGGCCUCAGACCUGACGAGCGCCUACUGCCACACUACCCCCAGGACUACCAGCACCCCCACCGAGACCUGGACUACCCCAGAGCCCCCCCUGGAGGUCAUGGCGGGCCGGACCACUGGCCCCCCCAGCCUCAGGUGUCCUCCUCGCUGGAGUCGUCCACGUCGAGUCAGGAGCACCUGAACUUCUCCGCCUCGUCUCUGACCUCCAAGACCUCCACCCAGAAGACCGGGCCGGGCCGCUGGAAGACCCCCAACGCGCCGCAUGCCGUCCCUCCCCACAUGGGCCAGCCGCCGUCCCGCUCCGACCUGCCCCCACCUCCACCACCGCCCCCGGCUCCAUACCCCGACCCCUACGAUCACUACGACCCCCAGACGGAGCUGCCGCUGCCGCCGCCCCCCACCGUCGCCUCAGUGACAGCCCAGCAGGUGGCUGACCGCAGGAAGAGGGAGGAGCAGCAGCGGUGGUACGAGAAGGAGAAAGCGCGCCUGGAGGAGGAGAGGGAGAGGAAGAGGAGGGAGCAGGAGAGGAAGCUGGGCCAGAUCCGGCCCAACCCCGUCAUGCCGGUGCAACCCCAGAACAACGGCGGGGCCAUGCCCCCCCCUCACCACCAGCCCCCCAUUGCCUCCGUGGCCCCGCCCCAACCAUACCACCCCCCCCAGCUCCAGCCUGCUCCAUCAAGGCCGGAGAAGCUGUCCAGCCUGCCGCGGUCGGCGGUGCCGCCACCCGCCAGCGCGUCCAACGUCUCCGGUAUGGACACGGUGAUCAGGGAUCUGCUUCCACAGCAGCAGCCGAGGACCAUUGAGAGACGAGACCUCCAGUACAUCACCAUCAGUAAGGAGGACCACCUGACCAGCGACAGCUUGUCUCCAGAUCCGUGGAAACGAGACGCCCGCGAGAAGGCAGAGAAGCAGCAGCAGCUUCACAUCGUGGAUCUGCUGGACAAAGAAAUCCAGGAGCUCCAGGCGAAGCCGGAGAGGACGGCGGAGGAGAGCGACCGGCUCCGGAAGCUGAUGCUGGAGUGGCAGUUCCAGAAGCGGCUGCAGGAGUCCAAGCAGAGCGAGGAGGACGAGGAGGAAGAAGACGACGAGGACGUGGACACCCUGCUGAUCAUGCAGAGGCUGGAGGCGGAGAAGAGGGCCAGGCAGCAGACUGCUGUCCCAGCUAUCUCUGUGCUAGACUUGCUGCAGGAUGAGGAGCGGCGCCGGAAGCAGCAGCUGGAGGAGAUCCGGAAGCGGGAAGCGGAGGAGCAGGCCAAGCAGCAGCUGGAGGAGGAGCGGAGGUGGAGGGAAGAGGAGCGCGUCAGGAGGGAGGCGGAGGAGAAGGAUUCGGUCCUCACACUGGAAACUCGGCAGAUGUUGUAGGAACCGGAGAAGUCUACAAGGAUCCGAGGGACCGAUGGACCAAGAGUCAGGAGCAGGAGAACUCCAUCCCCAGCGGCGCUCCUGAGAGCCUCACCUUCAAGGAGCGCCAGCGUCUCUUCUCCCAGGGGAAGGAGGUUUCCAACAAGGUCAAGGCGUCUCGCAAACUCAUGGAGCUGGAGAACGAGCUCAACACCAAGCAGUAGAGCGGAGGCGUCGCCAUGGAGACGCCCCGCCGUCUUCUCUCCCGAACUGGAGCGUCUGCCUCAGCAGCGCAGCUGUCGGCCCCUCCCUCGCCGUCGGCCCCUUCCUCGCCGUCGCUCACAGUCGUAGAUCGAUAAAGCACUGUACAGUUUGAAUUGUAUGUAGUUCAGAAAGGCGGGACUAUUUUUGUUUGGGGUGAAGGAUCAGAGUAUUUCAGUUUUAAUUUUUUAAAUAUGAACAUUUUUAUCCUUUUUUCUUUCAUACGUUCGGUUCUGUUCUGCUGCAGGACCGGGUCCGUCCUGACCCGGGUUCCUUUGUUUCAUCCAGCGUUUCAUCCACGGCUGCAGUUUUAUGAAGUUUUACUGAACUGAAAGGAUGCACAACGGUAGACUGUAAAUACUGCAGGAGGACCCCCCACGCCGUCUGUGUGCUGAACGCCUCGCUCCUCCUCGUUUGCUUUUACAGAUAUUUAUUUGGAUGUAGCUCAGCAGCAACAUCAGCUGAUCAGACACAUUUCCUUUGUAGGUUUCCAACCAACCAAUCAGAUGUUUAGCCUUUUGUAAAUCAUUAAUAAAUACAGAUUUUUCAACACUUCCA